AUGGUACAUCUCAAAAUUGCCACGUCGAUAUAUCAGUCACAAGUUGCUGAUUUGCUGCCGUGUAACAACAGUUGCAAGUCUUCAUUGACGUUUGCUCUGCUGAGAUCUUACGGCUUGUUGGAACUUUUCGAUGAGGUUAUUGAAACAUCAAGCUGCACAGGCGCUGAAUUGAAGCAGUUUCAUUCUAAGGAUUAUGUGAAUCUACUCUUAGAUCCCAAAUUGAACGCUUCACUGGAUUGGGAAAGCAAAAAAGAUUUAUGGAAUCAUUUUGCAGAGAGUGCCAAUCAUUGGUUAAAAGAUAAUGAGGAGAAUCCUCUUACGCUUUGGCACACUAGUAAAAGGGAACUAUAUGAGGAAUUCCCUAAUAGUUCAAAAUCAACAACUGAGCAAAAAACAAGCAAAUUUGCAAGAUGGGGCCAAUUGUUGGCAGAUAGCGAAGAGGAAGGAGAAAACUCUUUAGAUGAUGUAUCUUUUGAUGGUGAUGCUUAUGAAAAAGCACUAGAGGAGCAUGGCCUUUUAUAUGAUUGUCAUGUUUUCUCAUACUUGCCAUUGUACUGUCAAGUGACAACUGGGGCCACUCUAGCGCUCGCCAAAAAUCUGAAAAGAUCGGAUCAACGUUCUAUAUCAAUCAACUGGGAUGGCGGAAGACACCAUGCUCUGAAAUCCAAGGCAAAUGGAUUCUGCUAUGUAAACGACAUCGUUUUGUUGAUACAGAGAGCUAGGCGCCAAGGCCUACAAAGGAUAACCUAUAUUGAUUUCGAUUUGCACCAUGGAGAUGGUGUUGAACGUGCUUUUAGAUAUUCCACAAAUGUCCAGACAAUAUCAUUGCACCUCUAUGAACAAGGGUUUUUCCCCGGCACAGGCUCGACAGAUGACGCCAAGUCGGGAAAGAAUGUUUUUAAUAUCCCUCUUCGUCAUGGACUUGAUGAUAAAUAUCUUUCAGAGUUAACAGAAAGGGUAGUGGUACCCUGCGCUAGUCGGAAUGAACCAGAACUUGUUGUGAUCCAAUGUGGGGGCGACGGGCUGAUAGGUGACAAAUAUAAAGAGUGGCAACUGAGUAUCAAAGGCCUAACAAAAUCGAUAAUGAGAAUAGUUGAUCAGUUUUCACAUGCGCAUAUCGUUCUUCUUGGAGGCGGCGGAUAUAAUGAACGUGUGAUGAGUAGGUUCUACACCUAUUUAACGUGGUCAGUAGUCGAAAAAUUCUCAAAUCAUUACGCACCAGCCAAUCCCUUUCUUGGAGUUGAUGAUGUAAUGCCUGACCACGAGUUCAUUGAUCUCUACAAAGACGAAUUCUAUAAAUUUUGGUUCUACGAUCUCGAAGGUACUAGUAAAAAAUCGCUGAAGAACAACAACACUCCAGAUUAUAUAGAUCAAUUGUGCGAAUUAUACAAUAUCUAA